GCAGAAAAAGUAUUCUGCCGGCAAGUUUUGCAGUUUCGAUACAGACAUUGUAAUAUAACUAGAUCUGAAAGAAUCAUAUUUAUAACAUCUUGUCAAGUUUCACUGCAACUAUCCAUCUCCAUAGUUCCGAGAGAAAAAAACCUGCUAUUUUAUACUUUUUAACAGGCGAAAAGCACAUUGAACAUCAGGUAUAUCGUUUAAACAAACCAAAGAUCUACAGUGGCAUUAACAAGUAUCGUAAGUGAAACCUAUUCGUCAAAAGCUAAUCCACGUUUAGACAUACUACUAAAACAAGUCAGAGCUGUUGCUGGUCAUAUUAUGGGUUCAGAUCAUUCUCGUGCUCAAUUAAGAAUCGAAAUACAUUCGUUAGUAUACAAACGAGGUCUACCAAGUAUAUUUAUAACAAUAAAUCUAGCUGAUAUACACAGUCCUACGGCUAUGUAUUUUGCUGGUGUUAACAUGGAUAUUGAUGAAAUACUAUUGAAUAAUUUCCCAUCAACUGUUCGAAAACGAGCACAGCUUAUUGCAUCACAUCCUGUAACAACGGCCAAAUUUUUUAAUCAUUUAAUUCAAACAGUCAUUGACACUAUGAUUAGCGGCGAAGGUGUACUUGGUCCGACAAAAGCUUAUUAUGGUACAGUUGAAAGUUCGGGUCGUGGUUCUUUACACUUACAUAUGUUGAUAUGGUUGGAUCACGAGUAUACGCCAGCAGACUUGAAACAAAGGAUUAAAGAUGAAGAAUUUAGAAAAAAUUUAAUUGAAUAUUUAGAAGAUAUUAUCAAAGAUCUUGACCAGUUUCAAAGUGUGAUAGAAAUGAGGCGAAACCAUCCAUGGAUUAACAAUUUUAGUGAAUGGCUUAUGACAGCAAUUCGAUGUAAUAUGGAUAUCAAGUAUAUAUGGUCAGCAUCAGAUGCUAAAGCUCUGGUGUACUAUAUAAGAGACUACGUAACGAAAUCAAGCUUAUCAUUUUAUGACACCUAUUCAUUGAUGUUAAAAGGUUUGAAAUCGAUCGAAAAUAGCGAUAUAAGAACAACAGACGUUCAAGAAAGAUCGCGGCGUUUGGUUCUUCGAUGUUAUAAUACCAUCGCUAGUCAGCAAGAAUUAUCGGGUCCACUGGUGGCUUCAUACUUCAUGGGAUGGCCGGAUCAUUACAUAAACGAAAAAUUCGUUAAGUUGUUUCUGAUUGGCAUUGAAUGUCAUCUGCAGUUAUGUUUAGAUGAACUUAAAUCCAAGAACAAUUUACAACUGAUACUGGCGAAGGUAAAAAUUGAUGAUGCUGGAAAUAAAGUUGAUAUUGAAAAAGAAGAAGAACAAUUUAUCCUUGAACGCACAAAUGAUAAAAAUACGUUUGCAUUAGCAAAUACACGAAUCGAUUAUCAAUGUCGACCGAUUACGAUUGAAAAUGUUUGUCUUUACGACUUUGUUAGUGAAUACUAUCGAGAACGUAUGAAACCAAAACACAGGGAAUAUUCGAAACAAGCCCACCAAGAAUCACCACCUAGCGCUGGAAGAGGACGUCCACGAAGCGAACGACUGACAUUGACAAGUGAUCAUCCGCUACAUUUAUCACAUUUAUUAAUGAAACGAGCAAAGAAUAUUCUAAUUCCAAGAAAAGUUGAAGAUUUAUGUUCUGUUAAUCAAACAUGGGAUGAAGCAUUUCGAUUAUAUGAAGAUAGAUUUUCGGAUUCAGCACAAACAAUCAUCGAUAAUAUUGAACUACUGCAUGAAUGCAAAGAAAACCGUGAUGCACAUUUACUACAAAUAAUGGAACAAGGUGAAAGCGAAGGUGAUAUUGACUUAAAUUUUGUCCCAAAAAGAAAACUUAGAGCAAAUGACGACAGUGACGCAGAUGAUGUCGAGCUUCUUGAAUUAUUACAGUCAUUUGAUUCUGAGGAUAAAGAUACAUCAACAAUCGUAACAAGUGAGUCUUACAUAAAAGAAGCCAUAGAGUGGAUGAGUAAAACGAAUCGAUUUGAAUACUUACAAAGAGCUUCGGGAAUGGGAAAUUCGUCUAAAACAAUAACGAACUUCACACAACGCCUGUCGCAUAUUGCAAAAGCUAACGAUAACCAUACGCGCCUAAAUAAACGAUGGAAGGCGGACAUAAAAAAACAGAAACAAGAUGUUCGAAGGGCUUUCCUAGAACGAAAAGUGGAUAACACUGAAAAUCAGACACACAAGUUGAAAAACGACAAUAAGAAACAAGUAAUAGCAAUAAAAAUUAGCGAAUUAAGGCAAGAUGAUGACAACGAUGAUUAUAAUCGUUUAAUAGCACAUAUUCCAUCUGUUACCUGUUUUAAAAUGGCGUUUCCAACUAAAAACCAAGUAUCAACUCAGUUUAAUUUGAACGCUGAACAGCAUCUAGCGUUUAUGAUCAUAGCAAGACAUCUUGAUGGUGAAAGUCAUCUGAAACAAGGCGAAGAACAAGAACAACUUCUAAUGUGCAUACCAGGCACUGGUGGUACUGGUAAAUCUCAUUUAAUCCAAGCAAUAACAACAUAUUUUAAAUUAACAAAUCGAGAACAAGCGUUAAGGAAACUAGCUCCAACAGCUGUAGCUUUCAGUAACAUUGACGACCAAACAAUUCACUCAUUUUUAGUACCGAUUCAAAGCGUACACGAAAGUGUGAGACCAGGUGAUAAUAAAGUAGAAAGAGAAUGGCAAGAUGUUGAAUAUGUAUUUAUUGAUGAGAUGUCAAUGGUUCAUAUCAGCAUCUGA